AUGAUUGCUGCGGUCGUUGUUGUGUUGUUCAGCGUGCUGGCAGCAGCACAAGAUACUGGGUUUACACAGUCAUACUGUUCAACGCAAAAUACAGGAACAGGUGAUGCCUUCUUUUGGACAUGGCAAACCAAUGGCAAAUGUUCAGACUACUGCAACGCCGCGGGCACGUACGCUUUCGCUGUCAUCCAAGAGAACGAUUGCUGGUGCUCGAAUUACAUCCCUUCGAGCACAACUGAUAUCUCCCGCUGCCAGAAGGAUUGCCCCGGCUAUCCGACUGAGAAGUGUGGUGACGUUAAUGCGGGCGUAUACAUCUACAUCCAACUCGCUGGACGGCCUUCUGGUACCGCUGGAGGAGGAGGCUCGCGACCAACUUCCAGAGAAGUGAGUAGUGCGACUCCCGUGCCUUCUUCGACGGCCCCCCCGUCGUCAUCAUCUGCUGCAACUUCCUCCUCACCCACCAGCACACCGUCUUCCACCUUUGAGACAGCAGUCACCUCCUCUGCCACCGCAAUGUCUACGAGCGUCCAGGUCAUUACCGAAAGUGGCGCUAUCGUCACCCGAACUGUCAUUUAUCGACCCACAGAGGCUGCAUCGCAGUCCGAGACCUCCAAAAGUAGCUCUAACAACACCGGUGCUAUAGUCGGGGGCGUUGUAGGAGGCGUCGCUGCCAUCGCGGCUAUUGUGGGUGGUAUCCUCUUUGUCCUAUGGCGAAGGAAAAAGCAACAGCGUGCGGACCAGGAACAGCAAGCGGGCAUCACUCGGAACACAAGCACAAUGAGCAAGGCCGGACUGCUUGGAGGACGAAGUGUUGCGACCGAUCCCCAGCGCCCACCGCCGAUCGCUACAAAUUUCAGCAAUGCCGGCAGCCGGCACGAAACCGAAUCGAUCAGUCCAAUUUCUGGAUCGCAGCGCAGAUACAGUCAGCCGAUGAUGAUCGACUCCCGACUCAACCCAGAGACAGUGUUGAUGUACCACCCCACGUUCGGAAAUAGCAGCCGUGAGAGCUUAGGCAGCAUUGACGACAGCCGCGAUUACGGGCGGCAACUUAAUGUGAGAAAUCCUGAUGUGCGCUGA